CGCGGGCCGGGGGCCGCGGCAGCGAGGGGCCGGGCCGGGCCGCACGGAGCCAGAGCAGCCGAGUCGCACACCAGCCCCAGUGAGAGCUGCCUCCUGCCGCCCUUUAGGCUGCUCCCCAGCCAAUGAACCCCAUGAACCCCAUGAAACCUGCCCUGCCCUCCGCGCCACACAGUGAUGGUCCCUUCGCUUGUGAGGCCGCGCCUUGGCAGCAGAGCGCCCCUCGGCCCGCAGGGUCGCUGUCGGUGGUCGCAACCGUGUGGGGCGUCGGCAACGCGGCGCACAGCCAGGUUUUGGGGAGCCCCAUGGGCCCGGCGGGGAGCCCCCCUGGCAGCUCCAUGAUACCUGGCGUGGCCGGCGGCAGCCCGGCCCUGAGUUCCCCGCAGUGCCUGGGACAGCAGGUGUUUAGUGAGGGCGGCGCCAGCAAGGGCUACGUGCAGCAGGGCGUGUAUGGCCGCGGGGGCUGCCCCGGAGGCCCUGGCUUCGCCGCAGGGUAUGCAGGUGGCCCUGGGGCGCCUGGGGGUCUGGGCCUCCCCUCCCAUGCCACACGACCCUCUACGGACUUCACUCAAGCAGCGGCUGCUGCUGCUGUGGCCGCCGCCGCCGCCACUGCUACGGCCACAGCCACGGCCACGGUGGCUGCCCUCCAGGAGAAGCAGAGCCAGGAGCUGAGCCAGUACGGAGCGAUGGGGGCCGGACAGCCUUUCAACAGUCAGUUCCUGCAGCACGGAGGUCCCCGGGGGCCCAGCGUCCCCGGCAGCAUGAGCCCUGCCAGCAUGGGAGGGCUGAUGGGCCCCGCCGGCCCCAUGGGCGUGAACCCUGCCCGGGCAGCGGGCAUGGCCCCUCUGUAUGCAGGGCAGCGCCUGCCCCAGCACGGCUACCCGGGGCCUCCCCAGGCCCAGCCGCUUCCCCGACAGGGCGUCAAGAGAGCCCACCCUGGCGAGGUGUGUCCAGGGCAGCAGUGCCUGCCGGGAGGCCCGUACUCGCCCAGCGCCGCCCAGUACACACCCGGGCAGCCCCCUGCCGCCGCCUCCUACCCUGGUCACAGGCUGCCCCUGUCCGCCUCUGGCCCCCCGGGACUGCACUACAAGCCCGCGGAGCAGUUCGACGGGCGGGGCGCCGGCUUCACCGUGGGGAGCAGCGGCCUCAGCCAGCCGGGCCUGAGUGGGCCCGCCCGCUCCAUCCCUGGCUACCCCAGCUCCCCGCUGCCAGGGAGCCCCACGCCGCCCGUCACCCCCGGCAGCAGCGUCCCCUACGGUCAAGACGUCAAGUCUCCCUUCCUGCCUGACCUCAAGCCCAGCGUGAGCUCCUUGCACCCGUCGCCCCCCGGCAGCGGCCCCGGCGACGAGCUGCGGCUGACCUUCCCCGUGCGGGACGGGGUGGUCCUCGAGCCCUUCCGCCUGCAGCACAACCUGGCUGUGAGCAACCACGCCUUCCAGCUCCGCGACUCGGUCUACAAGACGCUGAUGCUGAGGCCUGACCUGGAGCUGCAGUUCAAGUGCUACCACCACGAGGACCGGCAGAUGAACACCAACUGGCCGGCCUCGGUGCAGGUCAGCGUGAAUGCCACCCCCCUCACCAUCGAGCGCGGCGACAACAAGACCUCCCACAAGCCCCUGCACCUGAAGCACGUGUGCCAGCCGGGCCGCAACGCCAUCCAGGUCACCGUCACGGCCUGCUGCUGCUCCCACCUGUUCGUGCUGCAGCUGGUGCACCGGCCGGCUGUCCGCUCAGUGCUGCAGGGCCUCCUCAGGAAGCGGCUGCUGCCUGCCGAGCACUGCGUCGCCAAGAUAAAACGGAACUUCAGCAGCGGCACCAUCCCUGGCACCCCCGGGCCGAACGGAGAGGACGGAGUGGAGCAGACAGCCAUCAAGGUGUCCCUCAAGUGCCCCAUCACCUUCCGCAGGAUCCAGCUUCCUGCCCGAGGCCACGACUGUCGCCAUAUACAGUGCUUCGACCUGGAGUCCUACCUGCAGCUCAACUGUGAGCGGGGGACCUGGAGGUGCCCCGUGUGCAACAAGACAGCCCUGCUGGAGGGCCUGGAGGUGGACCAGUACAUGCUGGGCAUCCUCACCUACAUCCAGAACUCCGACUAUGAGGAGAUCACCAUUGACCCCACGUGCAGCUGGAAGCCGGUGCCUGUGAAGCCCGACGUGCAUGUCAAGGAGGAGCCGGAUGGGCCGGUGCUGAAGCGCUGCCGCACCGUGAGCCCCGCACACGCGCUCCUGCCCAGCGUGAUGGAGAUGAUAGCCGCCCUGGGCCCAGGGGCCGCUCCCUUCACGCCCCUGCGGCCCCCCUCGGCCCCAGCCCCGGGCGACUACCCCAGCCAGGGUUCCAGCUUCCUGGGACCCGGGACGUUCCCCGACUCCUUCCCGCCCACCGCACCCAGCACCGCGAUCCUCCCUGAGUUCACCCCGGGGCCGCCCCCCAUCUCCUACCAGCCCGACAUUGCCAGCAGCCUCCUGACGCCAGAGAAGUCUACUCUCAGCCUCCCGAUGGCACCUGCAGGCCACCUGGACCCGGCCCACAACCCUGGGCCGCCCGGACUGCACACGCCCAACCUUGGAGGCCCCCCGGGGCCCCAGCUGCACCACCCUAACCCUCCCCCAGCAACCCGGCAGCCCGUGGGCCCCGUGGGCGCGGGUCCCGUCGGCGAGCUGGCCUUCCACGCCGCCACAGGCGUGAUGGGCCCCCCCAUGUCCGGGGCAGGGGAGGCCUCGGAACCGGCCCUGGACCUGCUCCCAGAACUGACCAACCCAGACGAGCUGCUGUCCUACCUGGGCCCGCCCGACCUGCCUGCCAACAGCAGCGACGACUUGCUCUCUCUCUUCGAGAACAACUGAGCCGUCAGCCGCCCGGAGGCGGGCCCAGCCACCAACGCCACCCGCCCUGCCCUGCCCUGCCCUGCCCUCCCCUCCCGCCGGCCCCACUCCCCAAGCUCACCUGGGGCCCCUUGUCCCUGAGCUGCAAGCAGCUCUGCCCUGGCGGGAGGGGACCUGCGCGCCAGCCCAGCCCGGCCCGCUGGCUGCUGCGGGAGGUUCCUGGGGUCCGGGCCCCACACCCCGCCCCCUCGGCGCGCCCGGCGCUCCCAGCGGUGACCCAGGUGGUUCCCG